GUAACAUUGGUCAGUUACUGAAUGGUUUAGGUGGACCAGUAGCCUUUGGUGCUCCACCUGUUCUGUCAGCCUUAUGGUUUCCUGCUGACGAAAGAACUACUGCCACAGCACUUAAUUCAGUAUUAAGUAGUUUAGGACCUGGUCUAGCAUUCAUACUGGGGCCUUAUUUCGUUCCAUUUAGAGGUAAUUGUCAUGACAACAAGACAGUACAUAAGAGAAGCAGUAUUUUCAUUGGAAACAUCAUACACAACUGCACCAAUCAAACAGUGAUAACAGCUGAACGUAAAGAUAUCCAUAGUUACAUGAUUUACUAUCUUUGCUUUGUCGGUGCUGCUUUUUUCUUGAUGUUAGUAUACUACCCGGCAAAGCCGAAACUACCACCCACACUAUCAGCGUCAGUGGGACGUUUAGAUUUUAGUUCUGGUAUUAAAGUUCUUAUAAGAAAUGUAAAAUUCUGGUUGAUUUUUCUGACGUUUGGAGUUUCACAAGGUGUAUUUGGUUGUUGGCAAGGAGUGUUAGAUGUUAUUUUAAAGCCACACAAUAUUUCAGAGGAUGAAGCCGGGUGGCUUGGAUUUUAUUCGUUAAUCGCAGGAUGUCUUGCAUCACUUGUUUUUGCUAAAUUUUCUGAUAUAUUUUCUCGACACAUGAGAUUAUUGUUGUUAUUUCUGUACAUAUGUGCAUCCGGGUGUUUUGUAUGGUUUAUAUUCCUCGUUGAAGGUGUUAUUCACAGUUCUACAUUUAUGUUAUAUGCAUCAAUAAUAAUGGGAACAAUGUUCCUGACAUCAACCUUGCCACUGUUCUUUGAGAUGGCGUGUGAAGCAGCAUAUCCGGUUCCAGAGGGCACCACUAACCUGCUGAUGACACUCGGUAGCAAUGUUGGUGGAGUUAUAUUCCUAGUCAUACAAAUGAUACCAAAUAUUGGUACAAAAUGGGCCACGUGGUGUAUGAUGGGCUGUAUAGUAUCAUGUAUACCAGUACUAGCUUUUCUAAAAGAACGAUACAAUCGCUUAGAAGUCGACGAAAUUACAAUAGACAGUUGACAGUGCGACAUAUAGAAUCUUGUACUCUCUUUUACUGUCUCAUUAUUUACGGGUUUAUUGCUUACCAAAUAUUAUAACGUUAUAUUUAUAUUUAUUCUAAUAAAUUGUAGUAAUAAAAUA